AUCUCGAAGCUCCAGAAGUAAAAGGCAUCAACGUUGAACGUGCUCAUUCCUUCUCACAUCCUGCUCAGUUCUGUUUCAUCCAUUCUUCUCUGCUGGCAGAUCCAUUCUUUCAACCGAUUUCAGACUCAGUUAAACUUUAUUCAAUAUGAGAUUUACCGCACUUACUCUUUUGGCCCUGGGUGCCUCAACCUCAGCCUACGUUGUACCCAACAACAAGCAAGUCGCUGAUAAUGCUGUCAAGGCACGCAUGCCUGGAAGCGGACCUGUCCACACAUCCAACCUCGUUGCUGCCCUUGCAGAACGUGGAGUCGAGGCCCGCCAUCACAAGGGCAAGGGUGGAAAAGCUGGUGGUGCCGGUGCCGGUGCCGGUGGCGCUGGUGGCUUGGCCAAGCUUUUCGGCCGUGAUGCCCAAGAGUUGACCCAGGAGGAGGACGAUGCUCACUGGGCCGACCUCCACACUCGCUCUCCUCACCACAAGGGCAAGGGCGGCAAAGCUGCUGGAGGUGCAAGUGCAGGUGCUGGUGGCCGGGGCAGGCUCAACAACCGUGAGGCCGAAGAGCUGACCCAAGAGGAGGACGACGCUCACUGGGCUGACCUCCACACUCGUUCCCCUCAUCACAAGGGCAAGGGUGGCAAGGCUGCCGGUGGAGCUGGUGGCCGAAAGGUCAACAACCGCGAGGCCGAAGAGCUGACCCAGGAGGAGGACGAUGCUCACUGGGCUGACCUCCACACUCGUUCCCCUCAUCACAAGGGCAAGGGCGGCAAGGCUGCCGGUGGAGCCGGUGGUCGUGGAAAGCUCAACAACCGCGAGGCCGAAGAGCUGACCCAGGAGGAGGACGACGCUCACUGGGCUGACCUCCACACUCGUUCCCCUCAUCACAAGGGCAAGGGCGGCAAGGCUGCCGGCGGAGCUGGUGGCCGAAAGGUCAACAACCGCGAGGCCGUGCCCGAGCCCCAUCACAAGGGCAAGGGAGGCAAGGCUGCUGGUGCUGGCGGCAAGGCCAAGGUCAACAACCGUGAGGCUGUCCCCGAGCCCCAUCACAAGGGCAAGGGAGGCAAGGCUGCAGGUGCUGGCGGCAAGGCCAAGGUCAACAACCGCGAAGCCGUGCCCGAGCCCCAUCACAAGGGCAAGGGAGGCAAGGCUGCAGGUGCUGGCGGCAAGAACAAGCAGAACAACUAGACGGACUUUGCAACCUCACGAGGUACCACGAAGGAUGUUGGGGGCAGAAGAGUCGGUGGCGCGAGUAACCUGGAUGAUUCCCUUAGUAUAUCUUUUCCCUAUAAUGUAGAUACGGAUGAAAACAAUCUGAUCAGUGAUCAUAAAAACCGGCGCCUGGACGUAUACAUUGGUCUCUGUGAUGUGCGUUUGCGUGAUCGUGAGCUAUCCUGGAGGUAUUCGAUCGGCCUGAGAAACUUGUGCGUCGUGUAAUAGUUGCUUGAACAUAUCCCCGCUCUUUCUGAUCUCUGAUGUGGGGUGGCCGACAAUUCCCGUGCACAGGUUCCCAGCGUCUGCUACUGUCGAGCUAGACUAGUUUUACUACAUUGAUAUGACACGGUAGAGUGCGACGUUUAAGUCGAAUUAAUCUUGCCUAGACGGUACAACCAUGAUGCGUGUUAUCG